UGAUGCCACUCGUCGAAGGAGCAACUCGACGCGGCUGCUGGAGGCGGAAGCAUUUGGGGAUCGGCCUCAUCUUCGCCGACCGCGGGCAAUGUCGAGAGGCACUUCAAAAUUGAAAAGAAAGGAGGUUGCAACAUCAAAUCAAGCUCGGGUAUACUGGACAAGGGAGCAUGACAGAGUUCUUAUUGACCUAAUGUUGGAGCAGACUCUUUCUGGUGCUAGAGCAGGAGCAAGCUUCACCAGGGAAGCAUGGUUUGACAUGGUGGAUAGGUUCAAUGAACGCACAAGGCUGCAAUAUGAUGUCGACCACUUGAAAAACCGCUUUAGGUUCUAUAAGCGGGAAUUUCGUAUAGUUAGUGGAAUCAAGAAUCAUCCAGGUUUUAGUUGGGAUCAUAAAUUACAAAUCGUGAUCACAGAUGAUGAUGAAUGGAGUCAGUACGUUGCGAAAAACCCAGAAGCAAAGUUGUAUAGGACAAGACAAACACCCUUCUUUAAUGAACUAGAGGUUAUUUGUGGAUCAUCGAUUUCAAAAGGCAAUGAUGCAUCCUCCUCUAGGAUACCAGAUACAGCAGAUAAAGAUGCAAAUGCUAAUUUAAUUGAAGGUGAUGGGACGUUUAACUCAUUUGUUGAGACUCCAGAAAUAUCUAAUUACCCUGUUGCUACUUCUGACAUACACGCGAGGUUACCACAAGACACCCAGGAAGCAGAAAAUAUCAAUGCUCCUCAAGCUUCAACUUUCAGUACUUUGAGGGGAAGUAGUAGAAAGUCCCGCCGUCAAGCAGAUGGUGCUCUACUAGCUCUAAGAGAAUUUGCGGAAGCUUCUCGGAGACAAGCUUCGAUGAGGGAAGAAGCUCAGGACAAAAAGUUAAAUCUCCUCGAUGAUUGUCUAGAAGAGCUUAAUCUCAUGAAGGAUAUUGACAAUGAGCUGUAUGUGAAGGCCUUGUUCAUAUUCAAGGAGGAAUAUAAUCAACAUAUAUUCUUGAAGACCACGGGUAUUCGGAGAUUAAUGUGGUUGAGGGUGGUUACUAAGGAUAUUAAUCUUUAAUGAACCUCUCUAUCUUUGUAUCAGUGAUCUACAUGUUACCAACUAAGUAUUUUUUUGGCAUGCACAUGUUCUUAAUGUGUAAGACCAUUAACUUUGUGCUGGCAAAUUGGCAGUUCAUGAUGCUAAUUGCCUAUUACUUGUAGUACCUGGACGACUCUUCAUAUUGAUUUUUCUGUUGUAUUAUUUAUUUGCAAA